UAGUUCAGGAAAAUAUGAAGUGACGCAAUUAGCUUGUAAGACAGCUAAUGCCGUGCAUGAAACGUCAAAGAGGGAGACAUUUUCUGAAAUCCACAGUUCAAAGAAAUGUUUACAGACAUGUAACCAAGCUUCGUAUUGUCUGCGACGAUGCUGUGUUUGGGUGUAAAUGUGGCGACGUCGUCGGUGUCUUUACGAAAGCUGUGCAUCCUCUCCCUGCUGCACAUGAGACAUCAGUCCCAUCGUUGCCCUGUGCAGUCGUGGAGGAGACAACACAGCGGUACCGUUCGCUGCGUCUCUACUGGACCAGAUUCCCCUGCUCCUCCCACACUGACUGACUCCUCUGAGUGCACGGACACUGAACCCAGCCACAGUACCUCUGCCUGGUCUCCUGAUCAGGGCCCACCGCCUGCUCCCACCCACUGCUGCAUGAGUGGCUGUCAUAACUGUGUGUGGAUCGAACAUGCGGAGCAGCUGUUGACGUACUAUCACAACGGAGGCGACCGGGCGCUUGCCGCUAUUGAGGAAAACGUCCUCGAUGAAAACCUUAAAACCUACUUAAAAAUGGAGAUUAGGCUCUUAAAGAAGACGUGACGGAUAUGUUUACUGCCGGUGCCUUCGAUCACAGUGUUGACAUGGAAUGAGGGUUGUGAGCAAUUUUAGUAAGAAUCUUGUUGCACUUUAAAACACACUCCAUGCACCGAUUUUACCUCCAUACUUUCACUUCCUGCUUCGGCGGUUCACACAGGUCUUGUCUGCACAACAUUUCGGAAAACUGACACAAACUACCAGGACGAGUGUGAAAAGUAAUGUGUUGAGGUGAGGAAUCCACCUGCUGUGGCUAAUGAUAAAACAUUUAAAGGAUAAUUAAAUUAUUACAAUUUGGAUUUUAUAAUGGUGACAUUGUCAAUCAUUUCCAUUUGUUAUGGUAACAUUGGACUUGGUAACACCUGACAUCACUACAACAAAGUCCGACAGGAAACAGGAUCAGUCAGACAUCAGACAGUUUGUAAACCAACCAACAGUUUAUCCAGAUUAUCUAAACCACUUCAUUCAGAAGUAAAACUAGUGUCUGAAAUUCCAUUUUUUCCUCAGCUGCCACUUCCGCAUGUCACUGAACAUUACUACCGGUCACUCAAUUAUUUCUGUCUGCCACAUCUGAAGUCUAUGUAGAACACUUGACAUUGUAAAUACUGAGUCAGUGGAACCAAACAGUAGAAAUAUGAUGUAACCUUAAUCUGUUUUACUGUAUUUGGCAGGUGCUCAUUGUAAUCCCUGCCUAAAGGUGAGCACACCUGAAAUGUUGGUAAUAAUCCCUCAUAUCACAGAACGGUGCAGGAUUAGAAUGGUUGAAGUUGAAGCAGAAAGUCUCUAAACAACAGUCUGGGUAAUAAUAAUGUUGCCAUGUGACUGUUUCUCUUCCUGCUCCUGUUUCUUGACCUGUUAGACUUCUAUUUACAGAUGUUUGGUGUUCCAAGAUCUCAGUAAUUGUCUUUGUGAGUACAAACUAAUUAUAACAAAUAGGAAUAACACCAGACAAUCCGAAUUGUUCCUAAAGUUUCGGGUUAAGUACGUAACCAACCAGCACAACCUGUUGCUCUUCAGGAAUGCUGGAAUUGCUGUCACAUUAAUCCUUGAUUUAUUUCUUAAGGUGCUUGAAGUGAGUUUUUGAAGAGUUGCGUGUUUAGUAAUACGGUCGUUAAUGUUUUUGGGACUCAUUAGAAAAUCCAUUCGGUUUAUUUUUAUUUUAUUUUAUUUAUUUUUCCAGCCUGAUUGAGUAAACCUUAUAGUUCAUUGAUUCAUUGUCAUGUUCCUUUCAUCAUAAAGCACAUUUGCACAUUUAGCUUUAUUUAUGAGUUUGAUCUGAAGUGUUAAAAGUAUAAUGUUUAUGUGUUAUGAUCAUUUGCUUCAUUAUAUUCAAGAGUUUAUUUUAAAUUUAUUUCUAAGAGUUGUUUGUUAAAUAAAAGUUUUUUCUGAGACAUCA